AUGGGCGACUACUAUCAUCAGUUUCUGACUACGGUGUCGGGAGAAGGCUAUCUGCCUACGAGCCCCGAUGAGGCGAAUCCGGUCUUCGUGCCCGGAGUUUCCCUACCAUUAUCAACCCCUCCACUACGUUCUCCGUUUUCUACCAGCCCUGGAUUCUUCUCGGGAUACGUGGAUCCUGCUUUUAUCAAUGGGCACAAUAAUGUGUCCAAGGCAAACAAGAGCCGGCGGCGCUCAGCUGCAAGCCAGGGCGGGAACGCAGACCAGGUCAAGCACCGCAGGACACGAUCCGGCUGCUUUACGUGCCGGACACGCCGAGUCAAGGCAAGUCAAAACGCAGAGACUGGACAUGCAACUUUGGCUGCAGGAAAGGAAGCCGAGAUUGCACUUGGCCCGACCCCGAAGGAAGGGUCGUCCGCCCAGCAUAGAAGCCCCGCAUCUUCCAAUGACGCAGAAGAGGAAGAUACGGAGCCAGAAGCAAAGCUUGGGACCAUUCCUGAUGACGAUGAACCCGAUAAGCCACCCAGGCGGACCUCGAUGUCCGAGGGCUACAAGAGCGCAUCACCUUCGACCUCUACCGCAACGACAGGGAGCUGGACGCCUGCUGGCCACCAAGGAGCGGAAGCUAUUCUGGCGGGAAGCGGAUAUUCGUCUUUGCCAAAUCUGCCGCAAGAUCUUCAAAAUUAUCUCCAGUACUUCGAGGAGAAUAUGACAAACUACCACUACGGUUUGGCAGUUGACGAAGACGACUUUUUCAGUACUGAGCUCCCGAAGGUGGCCCUGCAAUGCGAGCCACUGCUCAAUGCCCUCGUUGGGUUUGCCGCGUACCACGUCACCUUGCGAAAUCCAAAUGGAGAGCUCAAAGACUUCCUCCAGUAUUACAACCGGGGUGUGACUGAGUUGCUGAAGCUUUUGGCAAAGGGGGAAUGCAACGUGAUGGUGCUGUUGACGAUAUUGCAGCUGGCAACUAUUGAGGAGUAUCUCGGAGACUGGGUGAAUCUCAUGGGGCACCAGAAGGCCGCAUACGAAGUUCUUACCCAAAUCUACACCCCGCUGACGGUGAUGGAGACGUCGAUCGGCCGAAUGUGUUUCAGCUGGUACGCCCGAUUUGAUAACAUUGUUGCUCUCAUGGGUCGAAUCCCCACCGAGAUACCCCGCGUAUGGUUCACGUCCAUGAUCACGUAUUAUCAAAAUCAGAUUGCAUGUAACCCCGAGGAUUUGCGUUGGAGAAUCGAAGAUCGCUCCGCUCGACUGCGCCUCAUCUCUUGGGACAUGUCUAUCCUAUACGCGCGUGGGAGCGCAAAACAAAUUUCAAAGUCUGAUUACGCCAACCAGCACAGCUAUCUGACCGCGCAACUUGAGGAAUGGAAGGCAACCUGGGACCCGGCACUUUGCGAUGAACAGUUUCUCGUUACCGACUUCAACUGGCGACUACCGCUCAACUCGGAUGACAUAGUCGAUCCAUACCGUCCCGGCUUGCUCUACGACCAUCCCCUAUUCAACAACACCGUCAUCACAAUGGAAUGGCAUAGCAUUCUCAUCAUGCACAAAACUCAGUCUCCCGAACUCUCCAAGGAGGAGCUAUUCACGGAGGUUUCAAGUCAUGCGUUUGCCGUGUGCGAGCUCUUUGAGUGUUUGGAAUUCUGGCCAGAUCUGCCACCUGGAGCGUUGAUAGCAGUGCAGCCAUGUUUGGCGAUUGCAGCGCUUUUUUUGCCGCAUGACCCGAGUCAUAACAUGUGGUUGAGGCGGAAGUUUGCCCUUUUAGAAACUCAGGGGCAUAUCAAUCCCGUAUCUCGCCGUGAAAAGAUGGCCCAGGUCUUCAGGGAUCCCUCGUGCGUCCGGUGGUGGUUGCCCAACGACGAGUUCUUUACGCCGAUCCUUCAGAGUAUCAGAGCCUUUGCAGACGAACGAAACGCCAAGGUGCUGAACAUGCGGCAGCAGUCAAUACGCGACGUCAAACACCUCUUUGAUAAACUCUCCCUUUAA